AUGUCCAAAGGCAACAAGUACAUUUUAGUGGCGGUAGAUUAUGUAUCCAAGUGGGCAGAGGCACAAGCUUUGCCAACUAAUGAUGGUCGGGCGGUGGUGCGGUUUUUGAAGAAACUAUUUUCGAGAUUUGGGGUCCCAAAAGCUCUUAUUAGUGACCGAGGCACUCAUUUUGCCAAUGAUCAACUAGAGAAGGUGCUAAGGAAAUAUGGGGUAACCCAUAAAUUUUCUACAUCCUACCAUCCACAAACUAAUAGACAAACCGAAGUGACUAAUAGAGCUUUUAAGAGGAUCUUGGAGAGAUCAGUGGGAAGCAAUCAGAAAGAAUGGUCGGACAAGCUAGAUGAUGCACUAUGGGCCUUCCAAACAGCUUUCAAUACACUUAUUGGUACUACACCAUAUAGGCUAGUUUAUGGAAAGCAAUGCCAUUUAUCGGUGGAGAUCGAGUAUAAAGCUUUUUGGGCUUUAAAAUUGUGCAACUUCAACAUGGCGGAGCUCAAGAACAACCGGCUAAUGCAAAUGAAUGCUCUUGAGGAACUUAGGAAUGAUGCCUACACUAGCUCUCUAAUUUAUAAAGAGAAAACCAAGAGUUGGCAUGAUAAGAGGAUCAAGGACACUAAAGAGUUUCAUGAAGGGCAAAAGGUGUUGCUUUUUAAUUCAAGACUCAAACUUUUCUCGGGCAAACUCAAGUUAAGAUGGGAUGGUCCUUUUAUAGUGAAGAAGGUGUUUCCACACGGUGCUAUAGAGUUAUUUUCAAAAGAUGGUACCCCUUUCAAGGUCAAUGGACAUAGAGUCAAAAGGUAUGAAGAAGGAAUCCCAAGAAAUGACGGCGUGGAAGAAGGGCUGUUGCUAGGAGGAAAUGCAGCAACGUAG